CUGCAAACCUGCGCGAAUUGGAACAAGAGUGUUUUAUUGGCAGGAAGUAGAAGUACAAAUAACGACCGGGCAGCUGGUCGUGGUGGAAGAUCAUCUAGUACCGCAGGUGGACAUACUGUCGGUCAGCUUGAUGCUAGAAGUACAACAACACCUGCAAGUACAAAGAUAAAUCCGGUGGCGGGAAGAACAAUGGACGACGUUUCGCAGGGUUAUCCGCGCCACAGUGGGCGGACACGAAUCGACGAAAAUCUUCGCACGGCGUCCUCUCCUUCGUCGCAUCGAAGAGCGACGCCGGACCAACACACGUCUACUGCAGCGGGAGGAAUGGGUUUUGCUAGCGGAAAUAAGCGACAGGAACAAGAAUCGCUUCCUCACCCGGACCUGCUUCCGGACUGCAUGCAGCUGUACCAUUUUUAUCUGUUCCUAUCAAAUGCAAAAAUGUCUGCGUCUGGAAGAUUGCUAGGCUUGUCAUGCAGGUUUUCCAUGGCCCACACGGUCUGGCAUGCGCUGCCUAGCAUGACAGGUUCUGUGAGAUCUCUAUCAUGCCUUUCGUGCAUGAGAAACUGCCUCUAAACUUGUUCAAAAGUGGACCUCUUUUGGUGAUCAUGCAAGACAAAUUUUUCCACGAUCCAGAUGCAGCAUGACAAGUUACACUCUUCCAGACCCAGACAUAUUUGCAAUGCAUAGUUCCUGUGUUUCGCCGAUAUGGGCCAUGUGAUGACGGAGAACGUUUUCCGGAAUUUCCAGAUGGGCCGGCAUGCGUUGCAAUACUUUCUCG